AAAUAUUCCCACCUACUUCAAAUGGAUUCCUCUGUUUUUCACUUCAUGAAUUCUGAUAAUUAUUCCUCUGAAUCAUCCUUUGGAUCAGUAGAAUCUUUUCCAUGGUGGGAUGUAAAAUUCUUGGAGAAAAAUUCACUUCCUUUCAAUGAAAAUGAUUCACAAGAAAUGCUUCUGUAUGGUAUUCUAGAACAAGCUGCACAAGAAGAAAAUUCAGAAUCAAAUUCAUAUGAUCAUCAAACAAAAGAAGAUGAAGUAAAUUCAGUACCAGACAAAAAACCCACCAAGGAAAAGUCUUACAGAGGUGUAAGAAAAAGGCCAUGGGGAAAAUUUGCAGCUGAAAUAAGGGAUUCAACAAGGAAUGGAAUAAGGGUUUGGAUAGGAACAUUUGAUACUGCAGAAGCUGCUGCUUUAGCUUAUGAUCAAGCAGCGUUUUCAUUGCGUGGCCAGGCGGCGAUUCUGAAUUUUCCGGUGGAAAGGGUGAGGGAGUCUCUCUGUGAAAUGAAGUUUAUAACUGAGGCAGAUUGUUCACCUGUUAUUGCAUUGAAAAGGAAACAUUCAUUGAGGAAGAGGAGUGGGAACAAGAAGAGCAAGGGGAUGGAAAUUAAGGAGGAAAAUAUGGUGGUGUUUGAGGAUUUGGGUGCUGAUUAUUUGGAACAACUUUUGAGUACAAGUGAAGAUGCUAAUUCUUGGUUUAUUACUUAGAACGUUUUCAAUGUAGCAAAAACAAAAGAAAAGACAACUUUUUUUUUUCUUUUUUUCUUUUUUUUCGCGUUUAACUUUCUUGUUUUUAGUAUUGGAAUUGUUGUUAAGCAGUAUUUUUGUGAAGGAGUUUGCUUUAUUUUAUCCUCUUUUUACUUCUCAUUCUUUGAGAUGGUGAAAUGUAAUUGUGAAGAAAUAUUUUGAGGAUACUAGUUUGGGUAAACAAUUAUUUUUCUA